AUGAAGAUUCUACUCUUACUUCUUGGAGUCGUUCUGGUUUGUGACGGCCACCUACCUUUACCAGACGAGCACCUACCUUUACCGGACGGCCACCUACCUUUAUGGGACAACCUUGCAAAGCUUUCAGGAGAAUGGAACACGCUUUUGGUCGCAGCCACCAACUUUGACAAGAUAAGCAACGGCCCAUUCCACGGUUAUAUGCGCAAAGUUGAUGUGGACAUACCAAAUGGCAGAAUGGUCUUCAAGUUUUCUGUCAUGAUGAACGGACUGUGCACAGAAAAGUCUGCCGUGGGAACCAUUGGGCGUGACAAGUUUAUCAAUAUUGGUUAUGCGGGUCAAAAUAAUCUCAAGAUUCUUCAUUACACCUCACAUUCUAUCAUAGUACAUAAUGUCAACGUGGACAGCGAAGGAACCACCACAGAAAUGCUGGGAUUGCUUGGCAGAAGACUUCAUCCUGACAACCACGAUUUUGCAAAGUUCAGGGAGUUGAUGAGAGGAAACAAUAUUCCUGAAGAAAAUCUUAUAGAUAUGAGCAAAACUGAGAAGUGUCCUAAAAAUGAGAGGGGCACCAACUCGUCCUGAACACGGUAAGAAGAAUGACGUGUUAUCAGUGCCGCUAUGUCAAUUCGCUGCAUCACUGAGAACCAGGAACACGGUCUUCCCCAUGGAAUCAGGAUCAACAGCAUGAAGAGUAUGUUCCUUCUUUCUGCUUCACAUCAUUUUCUCUAUUCAUAAACAUGUUCGCCUUUCCCAUCUCGUCUCUGUCCA